AUGACGCACAAGUCCCAAGCACAGCCUCCUGGGCACAGCUUCUGCUCUCUGGUUUGUCCCCUGGGAUCGAAUGUGAGGCACAUUACAGUGGCCUCGCUGCGGGACCAGAGGCAGUACUUGGGACUCACGCUAUCCCCCACACCCUCCCAGAUUUCAUCCUCUCCCCGCUGUCUUUGUGGGGUUUCGUCUGGGCUUAGUGUUCGGGCUCCGCCUUCCUACUGGGCUCUCGUGGCCGUCAUCAGGGCCCACAAACUGCUACACCCAAAUGAUAUUGAAGAAAAAAAGAAGCCACAACAAAGCAGCUCGUUUCAAAUAUUCUACAGACUGCCUGCUCAGCCUACCCCUCUGGAUGUAGCAACACAUUUCACUUCAGCUGUAACAGCUUCCCUCCACUAUGCCACUGUCAAAUUUCACAAGGUCAGUGACGGUUCUGCCUUCAGCGGCAAGUCACGUGAUGUCUACGCCACCAUCCAGCAGAGCAAAGACAGUGAUAGGUCGGCCAAAGCUCACCAGGUGGCAUCACUUAGAGUGUUUCUGGCUCUAGGGCUCCCCCUGCUGGUUGGGAGCGCCUCAGUUUGCCAGGACGUGGUCGCGACAGACUGCUCUAAUAUCUACGCUAACAGACAAAAAACGAGUGGAGUUUACACCAUCUACCCUGCAGGUGACACACCUGUAGAGGUGCAGUGUGACAUGGGCAAUGAAGGACAGAAGGAUGGAAACUGGACGGUGAUUCAGAAGAGAAUGGAUGGCAGUGUGAACUUCUACAGACCAUGGGAGCAGUACAAGAAAGGAUUUGGGAACAAAAAUGGAGAAUACUGGCUGGGAUUAGAAAUCCUCUACCAGCUCACCCGCAAGAGAACGUAUGAGCUGAGAGUGGACCUGGAGGACUUUGAGGGAGGGAAGGUUUACGCCCAGUACUCUACUUUCUCUGUGGACUCUGAAGUCAAUGGCUACAAACUCACCGUUAGUGGAUUCAUCAAUGGAGGAGCAGGUGACUCACUGGCAACAUCAAAUGGACAGAAGUUCUCCACCUUUGACAAAGACCAGGACUCUUGGAGUGGUAACUGUGCUAAAUCCUUCCUCGGAGCAUUUUGGUACAAUGCUUGCCACCAUGCUAACCCCAACGGUAUCUAUCUGUGGGGAAGGGAUGGCACCCUUUUCGCUAUUGGAGAUGUGUGGUACCACUGGAAAACCUAUGAUUAUGGUCUCAAGUCCAUCACUAUGAAGAUCAGGCCUGUGGCCUAG